AUGUUCGUGCAUACCCAGCACCAAUAUAUACCACGUUACCACAUACUUCGGCAUUUGGACGCAAAAGAAAUUGAGGAGGCUCGCAAUGAAUUCAGGUUGGGGCAGCUGCGUGUUGUGGUGGUUGGUAGCUUCUUCAUACCAGGCACACAAUUCGUCGCAGUUACACAAUACAAAAAUGCCGAGGUUGCUGAAGUCAAAAUCGAUGAAAACCCGUUUGCCGGUGGAAGACGUAAGCGCAAGCGUGGAGGCAGCUCUGCGUCCAGUCUAAGCUGA